ACCAUGGUGCAUUUUACUGCUGAGGAGAAGGCUGCUGUUAUUAGCCUGUGGGCCAGGGUGAAUGUGGAGUUGGUUGGAGGCGAGGUCCUGGGAAGGCUCCUGGUUGUUUAUCCAUGGACCCAGAGGUUCUUUGACAAUUUUGGCAAUUUGUCCUCUGAGUCUGCAAUAAUGGGCAACCCCAAGGUCAAGGCCCAUGGCAAGAAGGUGCUGACUUCCUUUGGAAAUGCUAUUAAACAUAUGGAUGACCUCAAGGACACCUUUGCUGAGCUAAGUGAACUGCACUGUGACAAGCUGCAUGUGGAUCCGGAGAACUUCAAGCUUCUAGGCAACAUGAUAUUGAUUGUCUUGGCAACUCACUUCAGCAAGGAGUUUACUCCCCAAACACAGGCUGCGUGGCAGAAGCUGACAACUGCUGUGGCUAAUGCUCUGGCACACAAGUACCACUAG